CUCCAUUGUAACAGCAGAAAUUGGCACGUCGACAGGUUUAUAACCAUGACAUACGUUAUCCUCAUUGACAAUUACGACUCCUUCACUUGGAACCUGUACGAAUACCUUUGCCAGGAGGGUGCAAAGGUUGAUGUCUACAGAAACGACAAGAUUACGAACGAAGAGAUUGAACAGAUGAACCCUGACAUCAUUGUGAUCUCUCCUGGUCCAGGUCACCCAGAGACGGACUCGGGUAUCUCCAGAGAUGUGAUCAAGCACUUUGCCGGAAAGAAGCCAAUCUUUGGUAUCUGUAUGGGUCAGCAGUGUAUCUUUUCAGUAUUUGGUGGUGAAGUUGGCUAUGCCGGUGAGAUCGUCCACGGGAAAACUUCAACCAUUAGCCAUGACGCUAAGGGAAUGUUCAAAGACGUCCCACAGGGAAUCGCAGUGACCAGAUACCACUCGUUGGCCGGUAGUACCAGUACUUUGCCGGAUGAUUUGGAGGUCACCGCAAAGACAGAUUCGGGAAUCAUCAUGGGCGUACGCCAUAAGAAGUUCAUAAUUGAAGGUGUCCAGUUCCAUCCAGAGAGUAUCCUCACUGAGGAAGGACACCGUAUGAUGAGAAAUAUCCUGUCGUACAGAGGUGGUUAUUGGGAUGGCGAAGGCUCUCACGAAGAGAUCCAAGAGUCUGGCUUGAAAAAACCGAAAACUUCAAUCUUGGACAAGAUCUAUAACCAAAGAAGAAGCGACGUUGCAGAGAGACAACAGAUUCCAGGCUUCACCUUUGAAGACUUGAAGAAGAAUCUGGAAUUGGGAUUGGCUCCACCACUGGUGAACUUUUACGACAGAUUGCAACAGUCUGCACCAAAGAAGGCACUCAUCGCUGAGAUCAAGAGAGCAUCACCAUCUAAAGGACCUAUCGAUUUACAAGCCAAUGCCGCAGCUCAAGCUCUUAACUAUGCCCAAUGUGGUGCAUCUGCAAUCUCUGUGCUGACAGAACCUCAUUGGUUCAAGGGAUCUCUCGAUGAUUUGAAAAAUGUCCGUCAAGUCAUCAACCAAUUGCCAAACAGGCCUGCAGUUCUUAGAAAGGAGUUCAUCUUUAGUGAAUACCAAAUCUUGGAGGCAAGACUUGCAGGUGCUGAUACAGUCUUAUUGAUUGUUAAGAUGCUGGAUGAUGCUCUUCUGAAGAAAUUGUACCAUUACUCUGUCAGUUUGGGUAUGGAGCCAUUGGUUGAGGUUAGCUCGAAGGCUGAGUUUGAAAGAGCAUUGGCUUUGGACCCAAAGGUCAUUGGUGUGAACAACAGGGAUUUACACUCGUUCACCGUGGACUUGAACACCACCUCAAACUUGACAUCGUUGACACCAAAGGGAACGUUGUUAAUUGCUCUUUCUGGUAUCGUGAGCGGUGCAGAUGCAAAGAAGUAUGGGGAUGAUGUACACGGAUUCCUCGUUGGAGAAGCACUGAUGAGAGCUGAGAAUACAAAAGAAUUCGUUGAUAGCAUACUAGGUUGAGCCUCUUGAGGAGCAAAAUAAAAGCAUAGUAUAUAGACCAUUUAUAUAAGGAAAGAGAGCAAGAAAGGCGUAGAGAAUAUCUAUUUUAUAUUUCUAAUCAGACUUUGAAAGCUCUGCUGGACUUUGAUACUUUGGACUCUUAGUGUACUUGAGACCCAACACCUUACCAUCAGAGAUAAUGUCAUGCUUAUCGAGAUAGUCCAGACCGACAAGCUUUGGC